AUGAUGUGUGUAGAGCGCAACUGGCGUGUAGAAGAGCGCUUGGCCUCUGACCAAGAGCUUGAGCUGUGCAUGCAACAGGUGGAUGCAGUUCUGCCGGAAAGCAAGCAUGUUGCUCGUUCUGCUCGUGGUGUGUCUUCUUCACUGGGUCUCAGACGCCGUCAGCAAUCCAGGCGGGACACUCAAUGCCAGUACGAUGAGUACACGCGACCUUUCAAGGAGCAUGGUGUGCCAGACCCUGCCAUCGUGCCAGAUGAUAAGGGCAAAAAGUUUGCCUGGGUGAUGCCAAGAUCUGCGUACAGUCUCCUUCUAGCAAGCUUUGCUUUAGCGGCUUCCUCUUGGAGUCUGACACAUAUGACGGAAGACUUGGCAAAUGCAUGGACUCUUUCCAUGCUCUUCAGAGUACUUGGCGUCCCUUUGGCCUCAAAGCUGGGACUCAACGCGGCGUCGAGUGUAUUGCCUUACACUUAUGUCACCAUCAAGAGCAAAUGUUGGCACAAUGGUAUCAGGCUAUGCACAAAACCGGGUCAUUCCUGCGUGAGAAAAAUCGUUUCGUAUGCAAGGUGGCCUCGCCGCCCGCUUUGGCGGUCUUUGCACCGGGCCUGGGAGUCAAUACUGAAACACUUUGGUGACACUUGUGACGCCUGGUCCCUAGACGAUGCGGCUCGGAAGCUCCAGCAGCUGCACCGUUUACCACAGAACCCAGGAGGUGACUGUCCUACUUGUUGCCGUUGUUUCCGGGCCAUGGGCCGGCUUGAGGGCAUCACAGGGGAUGCUGGCCAAUUUUUCGAGAUGGUUGAUGCUUGCACAGCAAUACAAGAAGCCACAGAGCUGCUCACCAUCUUCACUUCUCAGUGCCCUCAACAGUUUGUGACGGUGAAGCGCCCUAGCAAGAAGCGCCAAGUCUGGUUCAGUUCUGCCGCGAACAGGUUUAGCCCAAAAACCGUAGUAUGGACAAUUCAAGAGCUGUUCAGGGGUUUUGCAGCGUCUAUGCUGUGCUGUUUGGCCACGGUCGGAGACAAGGUGUUUGCGCUACGAUGCUUGCCUAUUGGUGGUUUGAUGAGCAAGGUGGCCUCCAGCGUGGUCUUGGGUGGCCAAGAACGAUGGUCGUCCCGUGGAAAAGGGUCCAACAAGGGCGAUCAGUCUUGGAAGUCUUCAGGUUGGUCCUACAACUCUGGCAGUGGAAAGGGUCAAUACUCGUGGCAUGGCUCCAACAGCUCUGCGAACGAAGCUCUGGCUCUGCACCUGCUGGAAAGGCUCGGCCGUUCAGAAUCUUCCUCUGACCGCGAUCGUAGCCGCCAUAACAGCAGACGACGCCGCAGCUCCAGCAGAUCAAAGUCUCGCAAGUCUGGCAGCCGUGAUCACGAACUUCGAGAGCUCCGAGCGUACAGGGAGCAUCAUGAGGCCAUAGAGCGGGCCAGGGCUGACAAAGAAGCCAAAGAAGCAGAGAAAAAACUUCGAGCUGAGGAGUUUGCAGAACUGGAAGCACGCAUUCUGAGGGCCAUUCCUACCCCGCAACAGCCUCCGGCUGGGAAUGUUCCUGCUGCAAGCAAUCUUCCUGCAGACGCCAUUUCUGCUAAAACGAAGAAGCUCGUAGAAGCCCUUCUCGAAGAUGAGGUCUCUUGCGCUGGCAUUCAUACGUGGGAAGAGGUUGACCGUAAGGUUUCUAAUUUGCCGAGUAACCUGCUUAAAUCGCUUCACAAAAACAGAAUGCCAGAAGCCUCUGUUCCCCGAACGUCGGCUGCAAGGGCUGCAGCUAUUAUCGCUUUUUUGAAGAGGCAGGCUAAAGCUUGA